CCGCCCGCCUUCCCCCCUCCUUGCUUUUCCCCCCCUCAGACGCUCUCGCGGCGCCGUCGCGCUCCCGGCGUUUCGCGGCCUUUCCCUUCUCCCGGCGGCGGCGGCGGAGGAGCGGCCUUCCCCGACGCGGACAUGGCGAACGUGGCCGACACCAAGCUCUACGACAUCCUCGGGGUGCCGCCGGGGGUCUCCGACAACGAGCUGAAGAAGAGUUUCUUUAGAAGAUCUAUAUAAUGGGAAAACGACCAAACUACAACUUAGCAAGAAUGUCCUUUGCAGUUCAUGUAAUGGUCAAGGGGGUAAAUCUGGAGCAGUUCAGAAAUGUACAGCUUGCCGAGGCCGAGGCAUGCGGAUUAUGAUCAGACAGCUGGCUCCUGGGAUGGUUCAGCAAAUGCAGUCGGUCUGUUCCGAUUGCAAUGGAGAAGGAGAAGUCAUCAACGAAAAAGACCGCUGUAAAAAAUGUGAAGGGAAGAAGGUGAUAAAAGAAGUAAAGAUCCUUGAAGUCCACGUAGACAAAGGCAUGAAGCAUGGGCAGAGAAUCACCUUUACCGGAGAAGCUGAUCAAGCCCCCGGCGUGGAGCCAGGAGACAUUGUUCUCCUGCUCCAAGAAAAGGAGCACGAGAUGUUCCAGAGAGAUGGAAAUGAUCUGCAUAUGACACACAAGAUUGGGCUUGUCGAAGCCCUGUGUGGCUUUCAGUUCACAUUUAAGCACCUCGAUGCACGUCAGAUUGUGGUGAAAUAUCCCCCAGGAAAAGUAAUUGAGCCAGGUUCCGUCCGGGUAGUUCGAGGGGAGGGCAUGCCACAAUAUCGCAACCCUUUUGAAAAGGGUGAUCUUUAUAUAAAGUUUGAUGUGCAGUUUCCUGAAAACAACUGGAUUAGCCCAGAAAAGCUUACAGAACUUGAAGACCUCCUGCCCUCCAGACCAGAGGUUCCCAACAUAAUUAGCGAAGCAGAAGAAGUAGACCUUCAAGAAUUUGACACCACUCGUGGGUCAAGCGGUGGGCAGAGGCGCGAGGCGUACAAUGAUAGUUCCGAUGAGGAAAGUGGCCAUCAUGGACCGGGGGUGCAGUGUGCCCACCAGUAAAUAAAAAAUAAAAAAAAAUUCUGUCCAGGGCGGGGUAAGGGAAGUUACACACGGAUUUUUUUCUCUCUUCAAAAUUUUGCCUGACUUGUUCUCAGCAACACAGUUGGAUUGUCUAAACAAUGCACAUGAGCGCAACGGAUGUGUGUUGCUGUAUGUGUAACUUUUAAAAAUUGGUCCAUAGUAUCUACAGAAGUGUAUAAUUUAAACUAACCGCACACAGACACACACACACAAAGCUUACAUCUUUUUUUUUCCCCCCCUCUCGACUGACCGUUUCUGUAGCAGAAUAAAGGCACUUGAAAGGAAGGCGAGACUCUUCUCCUGUUCAUCUGGAUUUAAGUUCCAGUCCUUGUACUUGUGCUUGAUUUUUACCAGUUUUUUGUGUAGAUUUUAAGUUUCCUCUAUUUUAAAUUCAAAAUUCUACAUUGUAAAGUUUUGUGUAAAAAUUUUUUGUCCCGAGGCUUGGUUAUUUGGCUGCAUCUGCAUAAGCUGCUACAAAUAGAAUAAAAGAAAUUCAUAGCCUGUAUCUAUCACUUUUAGAUGCAUGGUAAGUAAAUUGGGUUUCGGCGCACGGGAAUAGAACCUGAUGGGGAAAAACCAUGGAAGAUUUAAAAACAAAAACAAAAAAAAAGUGG